GUAAUCGUUCCCACUCCUUCGACCGUUCUCCAUCUCUUCGGUUCGCCACGCGAGUUUCUUGCAUUUCUCUUUCCGUGACCGGUCGUACCUCGUCGUCGUCGAUCGUUCUCUUCCCGAUUCCCUGCCGUGCCGUCAUCAGGACCAACGUUACCUCGCAGCUGAUCAAGAUGUUGCUGAUACAACCGACAGGGGAGAUGUCGGAGAAGAUCCGCGUGGAAUUGAACGAAAACGUGGCAACGCGCGACAAAGAUCUCGAGAUCAUCAAGGAAUGGCUCGCUAAGCAGCCCCACUUGCCUAAUUCUUUUGAUGACCAGAGACUGAUGACGUUCCUUCGUGGAUGCAAGUUCUCCUUGGAAAAAUGCAAAAGGAAGCUGGACAUGUACUUCACGAUGAGAGCAGCGGUACCGGAGUUCUUCACCGGUCGUGAUGCCAACAGACCAGAAAUAAGAGAGAUCCUCAACCUAGUUCAGAUACCUCCCCUGCCUGGCCUAACGAAAGAGGGUCGACGAGUGAUCGUGAUGCGAGGUAUCGAAAAGGACGUGCCCACUCCAAACGUCUCCGAGGCACUGAAGCUGGUCAUGAUGAUAGGCGACAUACGCUUGAACGAAGAACAGGUCGGGGUGGCUGGCGACGUGUACAUCCUGGACGCCAGCUGUGCCACCCCCGCGCACUUCGCCAAAUUCACCACCGGCAUCGUGAAGAAAUUCCUCGUGUGCGUCCAGGAGGCCUACCCUGUGAAGCUGAAGGAGGUGCACGUGGUGAACGUCAGCCCCCUCGUCGACACCAUCGUCAAGUUUGUGAAACCGUUCCUCAAGGAAAAGAUACGCAACAGGAUCUUCAUGCACAGCGACAUUAAGACUCUCUACAACUAUAUCCCCAGGGAGAUACUGCCCGAGGAGUACGGCGGCGACGCUGGACCCAUUCAAGCUAUCCACGACGUCUGGGUGAAGAAGCUGGAAGAGUAUGGUCCAUGGUUUAAGGAGCAGGAGUCUGUGAAGGCGAACGAGGACCUUCGACCAGGGAAGCCAAAGACUCACGACGACCUGUUUGGCAUCGAUGGGUCGUUCCGACAACUGACCAUCGAUUAGAAUUAGCCUCGAGUAAUUUUCUUUUCGGUGCUAAUGCAAAGAAAAUUUUCCAGAAAAAUACAAGAGAAGAAUAUGUGUACGAGGGAUAUGUAUAUAGAUUAACGUGAUUAUGCAGGUUGACAAGCUUUAAGAUAACAUUAAUAGUAAUCCGUUCGCAGAGUAUAUUUUUUUAUUUGUUUUUGAUAAAUAAAACACCGGUUUCAUGGGGUCGUUGAGGAUGCCAAA